UAAUGUCAAAUCUGUUUUCAUCAUCACUAUGCCUUCAUGGUGUUCGCGUGAAUUUCCAUUGAUUUGGUUUAUUUCGGCGAAGCAGCUGAUUCUAGUAAAGUUAGAACAAUUUAUUAAUUGACGCUAAAAAGCGUUAAUCACCAUUUGUAAAAUCUAUACAUAUGUACAUUGUUAUCAUAAAAUUUGAUCGACUGUGAUAAGGUCAUGACAUCUUAAUACGCUGAUUUGGCUCAGAACAAUGCAGUAAUCUAUUCAAAUUUAAAGGUUGAUUUUAGUGACCAAUAUUUCACAAAGGAAUAAACCUCGCCUGCAAGGCGCCAGUCAUAUUGUAAUAAAAGAAUCGAUGAGUUUCUAGUGUUAAUAUCAAGUUUCAUUAGAGACCCGAAACACAUAUGACUUUAGUGUUCAAUAGUGCGUGAAUUUCAUAAUUUAGCCGUCAAAACAAAUAAGCCUUUAUUAAGAAAACAAACGAAAAAAAACGCAAUGAAUAAGAAGUUAAUAACCACAGCGGUGCUAAGUUUAUUUGUUAUAGAAGCUUGUUGUGGGGAAGAUAAGGAUCCUUUGAUUUUCUCCACUAAUGAGUGCCAGUUAACAGAGCCCGUUUAUGGCCACAAAUUCGAUUUCAGUGCCUUGCGCUCCGACAUCGCCAAAGUGGCAAAUAGCAGCAAAGGUGAUAUAUUUGAAUACAAUAUUUGCGGCAAUUUAAGUCGCCUCUGUGAUGGUAAAAAUGUGGCCGCAUGCCUCAGGAAAGGAGACAAGGAAUACAUACUUGGUACACAACAGCUACUGCAUUAUAGACGUGGCAAAAUGUAUUUUGAAUUCAGCGAUGGUGCCAAGUGUCCUAGCGGAGAUGGCGAGUUAAAGUUGCAUGUGUUCGUUGGCUGUGACUAUACUUUGGAUGCCGUACAAUCCCAAGUGACGCAAUAUUCUAAUGACGCAUGCACAUUCUAUAUAACACUGGAGACGCCAUAUGCUUGCUUGCCGGAACCGGAAGAAGUUAAGUCAAAUGGAUGCAUUAUACAGGAUCCUGUUAAUGGCCAUACUUAUGAUCUGCUCUCAUUAAGCGACUUUAAUUAUCGAACGACUGAUCGACAUGGAAAUGCUUUUGUGAUAAACAUAUGCAAGCCAGUAUUGUACGGAGAGAAUGCUAUGUGUCCGAUUGGCAGUAGUGUCUGUUUUAUUCAACUUAACGCAACUGACUAUAAUAAACGGUUUUUCAACUAUGGUAGCGUACAACCCAAUCCAACAAUCGAAAACGGCCAGUUGAUUAUGCGUCUUCCAUCGACUACAGCCUGUAAUGGAACGGAUAACUAUUCGUCAAUCAUACAGUUUAUAUGUGAGAAAGAAAAGAAGAGCGCACAGCUAUCAAUGGUUGGCAUUAAUGGGUGUGUGUAUAAAUUCUCACUUACCACGCCAUUGGCAUGCAAUAAUUAUCCGCCAUGUACCACCAUAACGCAUGGCAGCGAAAUACUGGAUAUGCGUCCGUUGCAGGGUAAACCAUACACUUUGUCAAUGGAUUCAAAAAAUUAUACGUUCGGCAUCUGUUCGGGUGCGGGUCAGCCGUGUCUGGAAAAUGAUGGUGCUUGCCUUAUGGAGGGCACACAAACCACUACUCUGGGUCAAAUCAACUCGCAAUUGCGUUUUAAUCAUUCCGGUUCACCGUAUCUGCUAUACACCGAUGGAGCGCAAUGUGAUGACCAAACGAAAUGGUCGACGAAAAUUGAGUUUGUCUGCGCAAACAAUGCCACAAAGGACAAUAAGACUAUGGACAGCAGUGGCACCAGCAGUGGAAACAGCACAAAAGCCGGCGACAUUGCCAUGAAUGCGAAAAUAAUUGAAAAUAAGAAUUGCCAACUACUAAUUCACGUUCAAACGCCAUUGGCCUGUCAAGAGCAGAUUAACUGCAAAGUUAAAGUCUAUGUUGAUCAUUCGGAGGAUGGCACCGGUGAGGAGUGGGUCGAUUUGACGCCGUUGAUUAGUGCAACCGAUAACUAUGAGGCCAAAAUUAAUACCGCAUCAAUAACGGAACAACAAGUGCCCAAAUCCACUAAGUUCUUUUUGAAUGUCUGCCGUCCGUUGGUGCCGAAAUUUGGUUUGGGUUGCCAGGGUGGCUCUGCAGCUUGCAUGGCUAGAGUGGAUUCAUCGUCAUCGACACCGGAGGAGGAGCAGAGUCUUGGAUUUCCGCUUGCAUCCUUGGUUGCCAUCAAUCGUACCACAGCUGAAUUGCGCUAUCUCCAAGGCAGCACUUGCCCCACCGACAGCAAGUCACAACUCUCAUCGAGCAUUGAAUUUUACUGUGAUAUGCGCGCUGGUUUGGGCACACCGCGUUUACAGACAAUCACCGAUUGCCAUUAUCAAUUCCAGUGGGCCACAAACGUCAUUUGCCCCUCUCACAUGUGCAAUUUUAAUGAAGAGACAUGCGAAAUAAUUAACGAUGACAUCAGCGAAAGAUACAAUCUGAAAAAGGCACUCUUCGCCGCGGAUGGAAAAGUAAAGAUUUCCAAUCGUAAAAAUGAGUUUACGCUCGACUUUUGUGGCACGCAUCGCAAAGCGGAAACAGAUUAUUCUCAGGGCUUGGUAAAUUUGUUCUUUAGUGCGGAAACGCCGUGUGGCACAACAAAUGUACAGUUGCAAUUAAUUUGCAGUGGUGAUACCCAGCGUGAUAUUAACUUAAACAAUUCUCCUAAGGAAUGCAACUUGGUUUUGGUGCAGCGUACGCCGGAGAUCUGCGAAUUCCUUGGACUAGUAGUGCCGCCACCAGUGGCAGCAGAUAGCAAUAAUGGCAGCAAUACUAUAACAAUAACAACAACAACAACUACAACGAUAGCUUCAACGACAACGUCCUCAACGAUCAGCACAACAAGCGCCACACCAGCAGGCGGCGCACAUCCUGCCGAGCAAACUGGCUCCAUUGGAGCUAUAUUGGCGGCCAUAUUAUCGUUGACUUGCUUUGUCGCUUGCCUGGGAGUGUUUGCUUUUUCGCCGGAACGCCGGAAUAGCGUGAGACGUUUAUUUAGACGCAGCACCACGGCGGUGCGUUAUUCGAGGGUACAGUCCAACGAAGAGGCUAAUCUACUGCUUGAGCCGAAUGGAGAAUUUACGGAAAGCGACGAUGAUAUGCUGCUUUAAGACAGUGGCUGAAAACCCUGCAACAACUACAAAAAACAAGGAUUUCCACAAAUUUACAACAAAGACGUGUAUUGAAGACAAAAUUAAAAUUGAAAA